UGCCAGGGCAAACAUGUUCAUAGUGCGUUGGUGCGUGCUUGUGUGGCCGGCCGAAGCUACCUAAAAAUCGUCCUUGUCCUCUUCUCAAGAAGUGUCCAAAGAUAGAGAAGUUUUCUAUCCGUGUUAGGACAUACACAAAGCACGGUCUGCUUUUAAACUGAGACGCUCAAGGCAAAUCUUUCAUCACGAGGUGAUCGGCACUGGGACUCAUCCAAGAUGGCGCCGGUGGCGUCGUGCGGUAAAUCUACCAUGCUGGCCGCUUUAUUCCUGAUUUGGACAUCAGCAUUGGCGGUUGUGGAAGCGUGUCCCACUCAGUGUGCAUGUGCCGACACUACCGUCAACUGCACCAACCUGCAGUUCUUCUCCCUGCCAACCAACAUCCCCACGGACACUACCGUACUGGACCUGAGCUACAACAACAUCUCCGCCCUCCUCCCGGACGCCUUCUCCACUCUACUAAGUCUCACUAUUGUUGACCUUCAACACAACAACAUCAGCACUGUGAACGAGACGGCGUUUUACCGUGCAAACAGCUUCACUCUAUCAAGCCUCCACACGAUCGACCUGUCCUACAACGUCCUAACAUCCGUUCCCGGCGUGCUGCAUGAUGGGUCUUUACCGGGGCUCCUGACUCUGAGCCUACGGCACAACAAAAUCACGGACAUACCAGCAAAUGCAUUCUUCGCAGUAAUCAACAACGGUCUUCUCUCACUCGACCUGUCAAACAACCUUAUCGAAGAGGUCCACCUAGCGGCCUUUCGUGGGACUGCACCCGUGAUCAACGGUACCUUGGAUCUGAGCUUCAACAGGAUAAAAACGUUUCCCGUUCUGUCGACGCUGAACAGCGUUAUUACAGUGAACCUGGAAGGUAACCAGAUCACUGAAGUUCCAGAGCACGCCUUACCCAACUACGAGGCUUUCCCGUUCUCCGUGUCGUAUGUGUACCUCCAGAACAACUCCAUCAGUCGGGUGCACAACAACUCCUUCCACCCGGACAUGAAGGUGCUCUACCUGCACAACAAUGAGUUGCGAGAUUUUCCUGGUUUCGAACUGUGGAGGUUGACUGAACUUGAAAACCUGACCUUGAACGACAACCCGUGGGGCUGCUGUGACGACCUUCUGGAGUUUGUGCUUUAUGUACAGAACAACACACACAGAUUGGCGUUCAUUAACGACACUGGUUUCCCUGUUGUGGAGUGUAUGGACCCUCUGGACCUGAGAGGGACAGACAUCCUCUUCAUGAACACCAGUCAUCUGGCAGAGGAUUCCUUAUGCCCCGUUAGCACUGCCGUUACGUUUGCAUGCGAUCAUCUCAUAACUGUCGUCUGCAUCAUUCUCGCGAUUUUGAAGAUCACAGAGAAAUGAUUUCCACAACUUUUUCACUAGACAGCGUUCGCUAUUGGCUCUGUGUAAAAUACUAUGCCAUAAUUCAAAUACUAUUCAAGUUGUAAAGGUUUGACUGAGAAGGCAACAAAAAGCGUAAACAAAUUGUUUAUAAAAAUAUUAUCUGAGGAAUUCUUUUCAGCACCAGUGUUAGCUGCAUGUUGCUGUUAAUCUUAUGUACAGCACAUGGUAACGAAAAACUCUUCUGUCGCCACAACGAUACCACUGCCCAAGGUAGAUCAGUUGGAUUUCUCUGAAUCUAUUAAAGUGCCAAACGUUAACAGCGACAUACUAUGUACUUAACGUUCAAGUAUUGUAUAGAAUGGGACUCAUACCUCCCCAUGUUGAACUUGAGCUUUUCGUCGUUACUGUAUUGUCGUUGAUAUUGUUGCGAGCUGUAAAAAUGCACCUUGAGGAUACAUUUGUACAUUCCAGAGUAACAUAUGAAGUCAUUGUUUACGAUAAGUCGAUAACCACUACCUAUCCUUAUCGAUGUUGGGCUGUCACAUGAUUUAAUGUUUAUAUUACCUGGCACCAAAUGCUGCUACAUGUAUAUGUAAAUAUUGUUCUACAUUUAGCUGAACCUAAUAAUAGUAAUAUUUUAUGUACAUACGCUUGGAUGUAUGCCAGGGACUGAAUAUUUGCCAUUAGAAUUAAGGUUCAGGUCGAGAAGUAGAAAUACACUUACGUUUUAAAUUCCCCCCUUCAGGGCUCUGUAAAAAGUCGCAUGAGGAUUUUGAAUUCCUCCAUUAUUUCAUUAAAAAACAAUUGCCCCGUUUUUGGAGAAGUUUGAACAAACAUACACACUUACCUCAUGGAUACUCACGAUCGAAGAUUGAUACAUAUCAACAUGGUAUUGUUUAUAACCAUUUAUAAAUUGCUCCAUUAAAUGAUAAAAAAUA